AUUACUCCUUAAUAAGACUACACGCGUUUUCCCUUUCUCUUUAUUGAGUUUCUGCUUUCUUUCUCUUCACCUCACUUGCUUUUAGCUCCUCAUACAGAACUCAUCUUCUUUCCCUUUUCUGCAUAUCAGCUUUCUCCUUGUGCAAUUCCUUUUAUCUACUAUUUACUUUCCUUUCUUUCACCUACUCAUCACUUCCAAUUUACCUCCACUCUCUUGUGUAUUAUGACCUUUCUCACUUUGUUUUGCUCUUCACUCUCAAAUUCACAGUUUCACACUAAUUAUCAUUACUUCUGUGUCCUGUGUAGAAUCCAUUUGAAAUGGCUCAGGAUGCCAUUCUAAAAAUAUUCACCGGCUUGGCUGUUGAUCCCGUCAAAGAAUACUUACUUGCCCCAAUUAAACGACACAUCGGUUACGCGUUCACCUUCAAGAGCAAGGUUAAAAUACUCAAGGAUCAGGUUGGGAAGCUGACCACUGAAAGAGAAGAUUUGCAGCUGGAUGUUGAUCAAGCUAUUGGUAGGGGAGACGAGAUCAAGCCUGGUGUUAAAAAGUGGUUGACUGAUGCGAAAUUGGCCAUUGAACAGGCUGAGAAUAUUAUUACUACUGAAGAUCAAGCAAGGGAGAAAUAUUGCUAUGGAUUUAUUCCUAAUUUGAAGAAGCGCUACCAGCUGGGGAAGAAUGCAGAGAAGGUAGCUUCGGCUAUUACUGAGCUCCAGAAUGGAAGCAGGAUUGAUCCAAUCUCCUAUCGUCCACCUCUACAGCAGAAAAUUGAACCGUCUGUCUACGGUCAUGAGGGCUUAAAUUCUAGAUUGUUAAUGUUGAAACAAGUUAUGGAUGCGAUAAUGAAUCCUGACAUUAGCAUGAUAGGGGUGUAUGGGAUGGCUGGUGUCGGUAAGACCACACUGGCCAAGGAGAUCCAUAGACAAGCAAUUGAAGACAAUUCGUUCGACGUGGUGGUUAUGGCUACCGUGUCUCAAUCACCAGAUAUCGAUGAAAUUCAGAAAACGAUUGCUGAUGUAAUGGGGGUGAAACUGGAAGAAGGAUCUCGAUAUGGCAAAGCAUCGCGGCUACAUCAGGUGUUGAUGAAGAAGAAUAAGAUCCUUGUCAUCUUGGAUGAUAUUUGGGAAAAAUUUUUUUUGAAGACAGUAGGAAUUCCUUCUGCAACAGAUCACAAGGGUUGCAAAAUAUUUCUAACUUCAAGGAAUCGUGAUGUAUUAUCCCGCGAGAUGGGUACGGAAAAAGAAUUCGAGCUUGAAGUCCUGAAGGAAGAUGAGGCACAGAGUUUAUUUCGAAAGGAGGUGGGUGAGAUUGAAAAUGAUGAAUUGCAAUCUAUGGCAACUGAAAUUGCCAGAAUGUGUGCUGGUUUGCCCCUCUCAAUUGUCACAGUUGCAAAGCGUUUGGAAAAAACAUGGUCAAAUGAAUGGAAGGUUGCCAUGAAGAAAUUCUCUAGGGGGGAAAAUGCAGGACAAAUUACAGCAUACGAGGCCAUAGAGUUGAGUUACAGUCGUUUGCAAGAAGAAGAAGUGAAGUCAUUUUUCUUGCUCUGUGGAUUGUUUCGACAAUCUAAUAUUCCGAUGGAAGACUUAGUGAGAUACAGCCUAGCUCUGCGUUUAUUCAAUGGCAUCGAGAGAGUGGAGGAUGCAAGAAACAUGGCAUGUAAAUCUAUCCGUGAGCUCAAAGACUUUUGCUUGUUACAAGAUGGUGAUUGGGAAGGUUGUGUGAAAAUGCAUGACCUUGUUCGAGAUACUGCUGUCUUAAUUGCCUCUAGAACUCAACAAGUGUUGACGAGCUCUGAUGGAGUUGAAUUGAAGGAAUGGCCAAAGGAGGAUAGGCUUAAAAGCUGCACCAGAAUUUAUUUACCUGACUGCAAUAUUCAGGAGCUUCCUGAAAGGUUGGAAUCCCCAGAGCUUGAGCUUCUUAUGCUUGGCUCUACUGAUGAAUUUUUGCAAAUACCUGAUUUAUUUUUCGAAGGGACUCGGAAACUCAAAGUAUUGCAUUUGAAGUAUAUCCAUUUUAAAUCACUGCCAAGGUCACUUGGUUCUUUAACAAACCUCCGCGCCUUGUGGUUUUUUUUUUGCAUGUUAGAUGAUAUGUCUAUUAUUGGAGAGUUGAAGCAAUUAAGAGUACUUAGUUUUCAAUGUUGUAGGGUGAUUAAACUGUUGCCAAGAGAAAUAGGGCAAUUAACUCAGCUUCAGUUGCUAGAUUUGAGAGGUUGUGGUCGUCUUGAAGUUAUUCCAUUAAAUGUUAUAUCAGGAUUGUCUCAAUUAGAAGAACUGUAUAUGGGGAGCUUUAAUAAGUGGGAUGAGGAAGUGCUCAGCGGGGAAAGAAAUGCAAGCAUUGCUGAGUUGGAAUGUUUGUCUCAAUUGACUGCUUUGGAAAUAAAUGCCAAGAUGUUUCCAAAAAACUUGCCCUGCAAAAAUUUGAAAAGGUAUAGGAUACAAAUUGGAGAUUGGGAGUGGGGGAGUUGGUAUGAGAACAAUGAACUCUCAAGAAUACUGAAGCUCAGGCUUGAUAGAAGCAAUCAUUUGGAGAAUUGGGUUAAAAUAUUGUUGAAGAAAACGGAAGAUCUAUCCUUAGUCAUAGCAGAAGGGAUUAGAAGUGUGUUCCAUGAUACAGUAAGGGAAUCUCUUCCACAUUUGAAGCAUCUCUGUCUCUAUUUAAACCCACGUGAUGAAGAAAACUGCACUGAAAUUGAACCACUUUUUGAUGAAAAGGUAAUUGCCUUUCCAACCUUGGAAGAAAUGGAAAUCCUUGGAAGUUACCGUACAAAGAAGUUAUGGCACAACCAAGUCACUCCGGGUUCCUUUGACGAACUUAAAAAAUUGACUAUUGCAAAUUGUAAAGCUCUAGAGACUGUUUUUCCAUAUGGAGUCUGGAGCAAUUUCAAGACAUUAGAGGUUUUGUCUGUAGCUGAUUGUGAUUCCUUGCAAGAGAUAUAUCAAGUCCAAGAAGAAAGCAUAGUUGAAGAAACAAACCUUGUAGUUGAUUUUGAGUUGCGAGAAUUGCAUAGAGAAGGUUUGCACAGCCACCAAGGUGUAGCCUUUCACCAUCUGCGUUCAGUAAAGGUUUCAAAUUGUAAGGUCCUGAAAGAUCUCAUUCCAGCCUCCAUAGCCUGCAAGGGUCUUUUGCAACUCCGAGAAAUAAAUGUAGAAUAUUGUUAUAUGAUGGAAGAGAUCAUCAAAUUGGAAGCAGCAGAGGAAGCAACAUCCAAUCUAAUCAGCUUCCCUUCAUUGAUCUCCAUUGAUCUGCUAAAGUUGCCUACUUUGUCAAGUUUUUAUUCAGGAAGCUAUAAUCUGGAAUGUCCAUCUUUGAAAAGGAUCAAGAUCGAUGGCUGUCCCAAAAUUGAUUUAUCCAAUAAUGCGCCUUUCUUUGAUCAAAAGGAGCUCUCCAAUUUGGAGUUGUCAUUAGAUGGCAAGGCCACAAAGAUGAUGAUGCAAUUACCAUCAGCCUUCCUUUCGCGAGUAAAAUUUCUUGAUAUUCACAGUUUUAGGGGCAAAUCAGAAAUGUCUCUAUCUGCUUUCCUUCGAGGAUUUCUGAAUAUGGAAACGCUACAUUUAAGCGACUCUUCUCUCAAAAACCAACUAUUCCGAGAUGAGGGACUUGGUGAUCAUGUGGAAGAUGCCUUGCCACUUCCACGUGCAAAAAACGUGCUAAUAAGUAGGGUUGAUGGUUUGAAGCAUAUUUUGAAGGAACACUCUCAACUGUACCCAAUUCUGCAAUAUGUUGAGACUUUGCAAGUUUCUUCUUGUCAUGAUUUGAUUAGUCUAGCAGUCCCUUCUGCAUCUUUCCCGAAUCUCACAACCCUGGAUGUAAGUUUUUGCAGUGGAUUGAUUAACUUGAUGGCAUCAUCAGUAGCCAUAAGUAUGGUGCAACUUGUGACAAUGACUGUAAGUGAUUGCCUUGAGUUGACGGAAGUAGUGGCUGAUGAACAAGAUGGAACAACUGAAGAGAUCAGUUUCAGCAAACUGAAAACUUUAAAACUCGUCGACUUGCGUAGCCUCGCAAGCUUCUGUAUAGGAAAUUGCAUCUUUCAAUUCCCAUCUUUGGAACAAGUAAUUGUGGAAAAUUGCCCCAAUAUGAUGAUAUUCUCUCCUGGAAGUUUGAGCACACCAAAUCUAAAGGGAGUACAGUUGUCAAAAAGUUCUUCUGAAUCAGAUUUACGUUGGGCGGAGAAUCUAAAUGACACCAUAGAACAGAUGUACAUGGAAAUGGUUGGAUUUCAAAGAUUUUUUGAGUUGAACCUCUCUGAAUUUCCACGGCUGAAAGAAAAUUGGCAUAGGCAUAGCCCACUUCCAUUUGAUCAUUUAGAAAAAUUGAUGGUGGAAAACUGCGAACUUUUCUCAUGUGCUAUAUCAUCGAAUGUAGUGAAGUUUCUGAACAAAUUGACAGACUUGAUUGUCAAAAAAUGCGACUCAAUAGAAGAAGUAUUUGACUUGGAAGGCCAAAACGCUGAAGAUGGGAAAGUCGGGCUGAUGUCGCAGUUACAGACAUUGCAUUUAAUUGAUCUACCAAGGUUGAGGCAUUUAUGGAGCAUAGAUGCCCAAAGAAUUUUGUGGUUUCAAAAUCUAAAGUCAUUAGAAAUUAAUAACUGUGGCAACUUGACAAAUAUAUUUACUCUUUCAAUGGCUAUGGGGCUUGUAAGUCUAGGAGGGAUGAAAAUAAAGGGGUGUGCUUUGGUAGAAGAAAUCAUCACAAAAGAAGAAGAGCAGGAAGAAGGCUGGAAUAAAACUAUCUUCCCUUCUUUAUACUUCAUUGAUCUUGAGCAUUUGCCUAGCCUACAAUGUUUUUAUUCAGGAAGUGACGUUUUGGAAUGUCCGUCCUUGGAAGAUAUAUCUGCAGUUGACUGUCCAAAGAUGAAGAUACUUGCUUCCACAUUUUCAAGAGAACAAGAUUCAAGCAUGAAUGUAGAGGAAAACAAAGAAAGAAUUUGCGAAGGAGAUUCUGAUUUGCCUGCAGCUCACGUUUUCAAUGGCAAGGUUGCAGUCCAAAGAUUACGCAUAUUGAGGGUGGCAUGGAGCGAGUUGAUGGAGAUAUGGUGUCACAAAUUUCAAUCUAAGUCCUUUCAUAAGCUUAGUAGCAUUGAGCUGACGUGCUUUCCUGGCGAAAGUGCAAUUUUAUCACCUGAUUUUUUUCAAAGGUUACCCAAUCUAAGGGAACUUGCUCUUUCUGAUUCUUUAAUUGAAGAAAUAUUCCUGCACCAAGUGAGAACUGAUGAGCAGGAAUAUCUUGCGUCCCUAGAGCUUUCUAAACUACCAAAGCUCAAGCACUUGGCGAAGAAUGACUACUCGCAAACAAUCUCAGCAUUUCAAUUUUUGGAAAGUUUACAAGUAGUAGAAUGUGGCAGGCUGAAAGUUUUAGUCCCAUCCUCAAUAUCUUUCCCAAAUCUGACAACUCUAACAAUAUCAAAAUGUCAUGGAUUAGUAAAUUUGAUGCCUCUGUCAACAGCUAGAAGUCUGGGGCAACUCCAAACAAUGAGUGUAGACGAAUGCGAAAUGCUACAACAAAUAGUAGCAAGUGAGGGAGAUGGAGUAGAAGAUGAGAUUUGUUUCAGCGAACUAGACGAUUUGACGCUUGAUCGUUUACCAUGCCUCGCAAGCUUCUGCUCUGGUAAUCAUGCCUUCAAUUUCCCAUCUUUGGAAACAAUGAUUGUUAACGAAUGCCCCAAGAUGAAGUUUUUUGCUCAAGGAGUGUUAAGCACACCAAAGCUUCUAGGAGUACGAAAAAAAUGGGGGUGAUUUGAAGGAUAAUUGGCGUUGGGAAGGCAACCUUAACGACACAAUACAAGAGCUAUUCAUGGAAAUGAGUGAUGAAUAAAAAUGAGGGCAAGCUUUCUUUUGCACAAAUUGGAUUGGAAUGAGGCUGAUGCUGCAGUUAGAUGCCUUUCGUUCGUGCAAUUGUUUCAUGGAUUUGAGAUUUAAAUAGCUAGAGGGCCAUAUGUUCAUGAAUUUCUAUAGCCAUGUUUAUUUUUCCAAACUGUUGUGUUCCCACUUUCAGAGUGUAAUGUUUGGAUCUGUGAGGGAUUCUAUAGCGUAAAUAAUUGAGCAAGACGAUUGAAUAAUCUGAAUAUAGUCACCAUGUGAAUCUUUGUAUGUAA